AUGAAUAAAUUUUAUGUUUUAUCGAUAUUUAUAAUUUUUUUUUUCAUAAAAUUAAAUGAAUCGCAAUUAACACCUUUAACUCCACAACAAUCUAUUUUAGCCCAAUCAAUAAACUCAACAUUCUCAAAAUAUCCAAAAAAUAAUUAUGAGUGUAGCUUUGAAAUUAAAAUUUUAAUUGAAAUUCCAGUUGGUAAAACUAUCACAAGUUUUUCAAGCGAUUUAAAUAACGAUGUUUCAUUCUAUCAAAUAUUAAACAAUAAUAAUUAUUAUAUAUUUACAAAUAUUCAAGGUAAUCAAAAAAUUGGAACAAAUUCUCAAGUAUUAACAUUUACAACUAGUGAUAAUUUUCAACAAACAUAUCAACUUAAUACAAAUUGUUUAGAUAUUGAUAUUGAUAAAGUAAAAGUUGUAAAUUCAACAAAACCAAUUAGUUUUUCAAAUUAUUUUUUGUACUAUAUUAUUUUAGAAGGUUUAGAACCUGGUUAUUAUUAUGAAACAAUUCCAAGCACUACUGCUAUCAUUCAAUAUACUUACUUUUCAAAUUCAUUCAACUAUUGUAUAUUGAUAAAUCAAAUUUCUUAUGGUUUAAAUUUAACUAAAGAAUAUGAAAUUACAAUGAAUUUUAAUGAUGGUAAAUCAUUUUCUUUCAAGCUCGAUACUUAUUAUUCUUUAUUUAAAGAGAAAGAUUUACCAACAACUCAUUUUGAAACAUUUUUCCCAUCAAAUAUAUUAUCAAUUAAUUCAAAUUAUACUCAAAUGAGUUAUGGUUAUCAACCAUUAUUUACAUCAACUCUUAAUACAAAUAUUAUGAAACCUUAUCAAGUAUUUAAUAGUUAUGUACCUACAAUUCCACUUAAAGGUUAUAAAGGAAAUAUGACAUUUAUAGGUGCAAUUGAUACAACUAAAGAUCCAAUCAAUUCUGGUGUAUUAAUCAAUAGUACUUUAAUGAGUGAAAUUGGAGUAUCAGUAGAUUUAAUAACAUUUACAACAAAAAUUAAUGUCACACCAAUCCCAAUACUAGGAAUUGAAUCUCCAUUCAUUGGUUAUACCACAGUUGGUACAGUUUCUUUAUUCUAUGCAUCAUUUAGAAAUUCAUAUGAUUACCAGUUUUCCCAAUUCCAAUAUUUUUUUAUAUCUAAUUUUAAUGAAGAUUGGCCGUAUGGAUUUAUUUCUGGCACCAAUUCCAAUUUUUCACAUCAAGUUUCUUUCCCAAGACCCCAAUUUCUUUCUCCAGUAAUUUAUUUAAAAUAUUAUUUUAUAAAAAAUCAAGAAAGAUUUGAUGAAUAUAUAAUUCCUGAAUCAAGUUCAGGUUCAGAUUCAAUUCCACCAAUUCUUAAAUCAUAUAAUUUCACUAGAAUAACAAAUUUCAAUUAUUUAUUUUCAUUGGAUAUUGAAUCUGUUAAUGGUGUAAAAAGUAUUUCAGUCUAUUCUGGAGGGCAACCAAUUCAAUUUUCAGUGAUUAGUGGUACAAUUUAUAAUGGUUCAUUUGAAUUAAUUAUUUCAUUUGUUGGUAUUGAUAAAUUUGAAAUCAAAGAUACCCUUUUAAAUUCUUUAGUUUUUAAUGUUGGCACACCAUUUUCUGCUAAUCCUUUAAAUGUUUUUAAUUAUCCUCAGUCAUAUGAUUAUGAAUUUAACUUUAAUGAUUUUACUAGUAUCUCAUUUUUAAAAAAUAAUUUAGAUUUAAAUAUUGAAAGUGAAUCUUACAAUAUCAUUUAUUUAAAUUCACCAAAUAUCCCUCAAGAUAUUCCGUUAUAUUUUAGUUUACUAGAUAUUGUAUCAUCUCCAUUCGAGAGAAAUCCUGAAGACUUUUCUUUAACCAACAAUCAGUUCAUUUUUAAUUCAACAUCUGGAUUAUUUGAAUGUAAAUUCAUAUUACCAAAGAAUAAUAUGUUUGGAAUGAUUCCAUUUCAAAUUCAUGUUGGUAAUGUUAAUUUAUUCGAUAAUAGUUUAAUGAAUGAAAGAUUAAUAGUAAAUAAUACUGUUCUUGACUAUCAAGGUCCAAUUUUUAGUUAUCUUGAAAAAAUUGGAAAUGGUUUAGUAAUUUCAACAACAGGUACAAUUGGUUGGAAAUUUAAUAUUACAGAUGAUUUAAAUGGGUUUGAAAGUGGUUAUAUUAAAGUAAUGGGUUCAAUUGAUAGUUCAACUUAUCAUUUCAAUUUUACAAUCGAUGAUGUAAUUGGUGAUAAAUUCAAUUGCCAAUAUCAAAUUUUAAUUAAUAUUACUCAACCAUGUAUAUCACAAGAAUAUAGAAUCGUUAAAGUUUUAUUAUUUGAUACAAAUAAAAUAUCUUCAAAAUUUAUUUUAAAUGGCGAUCCAUAUUCAAUAAUUAAUCCAUUUAUUAAUUUAUUAGAUAAAGGUAUAGAUAAUACAAUUUUACCAUUUACAUGUUCAGGUUCAACAAUGUUUGAUUCAAAACCAAUAUUAUUAUCAUUUACAACACCAACAACCACAAUUGAUGUAGGUUCACCUGAUAGAAUAAUUUCAUUUGAUUUUUCAAUCAAUCCUGGUGCAAAUGGAAUAAAACAAGACCAAUUACCAAUUAUUUAUUUGACAACAGUUUACACAGAAAUUUCAAAAUGUAAUUCUAAAUUAAUAUCUUACAGCGCAAAUAAUGCAGUUUAUAAUUGCUCAACAGAAUUACCAUUGGGUUUUGGUUAUCCAGGCAUUAUAACAAUAUCAAUGUAUGGUAUUGUAAAUAAUGGUGGUUAUUAUUAUGGUUAUUCUACAUCAGAUAUUCAAAUGGUUUUAAAUUCAAACUAUUAUUUAGAUACAACAUAUUCAAGUAAUUUACCAGUAAUCACAUCAAGUGAUAAAUAUUAUUCAGAUGAUAAUGGUGAAAUAAUUAUAUAUGGUAGAGGUUUUAUAAAUGUUAAUUUAGUAACAAUUACUUAUAGUGAUAGUGGAUUGUCACCAAAUUCAGCAACCACAGCAUUAUUUUAUGGAUCAUCAGCAAUUAAAUUUUCAGGUAUUAAAAAAACAAAUAAAUUAUUCAAAAUUAAAGUUUCAACAGCUGGUGGAUUCACAUCAAAUGAAUUCUCAAUACAACCAAUCUAUUUUGAUAGUUCAUUAAAACCAAUACCAACUGAAACACCAACACCUACAACUACUCCAACUGAAACACCAACUACAACUCCAAUACCAACCACAACAGCAAUACCAACCACAACACCAAUUCCAACCAAUCCACCACAAAAAUGUCUUGGUAAUCCACAAUGUGGUGGUAAAAAUCAAGGUUAUUUUUCAUCUACAGGUUGUAUUUGUUAUUCACCAUGGAUUGGAGUAACUUGUACUUCUCAAAUUAUUAUUGUACCACAACCAUCAAUUAAUACAACAAAACCAGAUGUUGAAAUACCAACAGAUAAUAAUGGUCAAUCAUCAGAAACAAAUAGUGAAGAAUCUCAAAAAAUGAUAUUUAAAUCAUUAAUAUCAUUAGUAUCAUUAAGAGAAUUAGAUUUUAAUAAUAAAGAAGUAAAUAAUUAUAAAUUCGAUCAAUGGAUAUAUACACCAAUUAACGAAUUUAAAAAUCAGUACUUUACAACAGUAUCAAAUACAAAUAUAACAGCAGCUUUAGAAUGGUUUAAUCAAAGUACACCAAUUCAAUUUGCAAAUCAAAAUUUAACAAUGAAUCCAUCUAGUAUUAAAUAUACAAUUGAAAUUACAGAAUAUCAAUUUAAAAGUUCAUUAAAUCAACUUCAAUUAGUAAUGGCAGCAUCAUUAACAACAAAUUCAAAUGAUAUUUGCACAUUAAACCAAUUUGGUAAUACAUCAACAGGUGAUGAUUCAAAUUAUUUAAAGAUUCAAAUUGAAAAUCAUUCACUUUAUGGUAGAUUCAUUAAACGUGCUAUUAUUGAUAAUAACGUUAAAAGUAUAAGUAAUGUUUUAUUAGAUUCAUCAUUAAAUGUAAUUGAUAGUUCAUCAUCAUCAUUACAAUCAUUUAUUGGUAUUACAAUUCCAAAUUAUAGAAACUCAAUAAUAGUUGAUCCGGAUUUCUCAGUGCUUGUUGAUAGUAAAUCAGCCUCUGAUGAAGAUGAUUCAGUUUGUACAAAAAAUAAUUCUGGUUUAACAACUGCUCAAUUAGCUGGUAUUAUUGUUGGUUCAAUCGCUUUCGCUGCUGUAAUAGUUAUCACUAUUGUCUAUUUUAUCAUUAAAAGAAAUAAACAAAAGAAAUUCAUUGUGGCUGUAAAUAAAAAAAUUACUGAAAUGAAUAAUAAUAAAUAA